UAUCGUCUAUGAAGGUGCUGGUGGGAAAGAACACUGAGCAGACGGCGACGACCUUACCAAGGUCAUGCAUGACAGACAGCGCCAUCUCAUCCGUGUCUGGUCUCUCUGAUGACACCGUCUCCACUGACGUCGCCACCACCCCCACGUGUAUCCUCACGCCCCUCCUGCCAGGAGCGACGCGCGAGGGCGCCACCGUCAGCGAGUGCGAGUCCGGCGUCGAUGUCGGUUGCCUCCAGGUGUCGCUGAGCACGGUCGAGUCGUGUGGCGGGUGCGCAGAGGGCAGCGGGAACGCGGAAGCGAUUCUCGCCGAGUUGGAAUCCGUGUCGGUGGAGUGGCGGAGUCUGCGCAAAGCACGCACAUGCCCCUGUGCAGCGCAUUUUGAGCAUUUCACGCGCAAGUACCACUGCUGGCGGUGCGGACGCAUAUACUGCAGUCGCUGCAUCGACAAGCGGCUCCACCUGCUGGGCCACUUCUCCAACCGCGCCGUGCCCGUCUGCCGGAACUGCUACAAGCAGGCGCAGAGCACGUUGUAGGUGGCGCCACUGCUCGGGUAACAGUGAGUGAGAAAAUAACAGGCUGGAUUCAAUGCAAAGUCCGAUCGAAAGGAAUCGUGGACAAAUGCUGAGACCUGUUGACAUCUGUAUUCACAUAUUGGAAGUAAAUGUCUUCGUUAUCAAUAAAUGGUGACCAGCUUGUUAAAUGCAAAGUUUCGCGCACGAUCUAUAACUGCGAAUUGUGCUUUUUAACUCAGUGGGUGUGUGUAAAACGUCCAGUAGCCUACAUGCUAGUGUAAAAACGCAUAUAGAUGGAAUCAGUGGUGCUUCAAUUCUGCAACACAAAAUAAUUUAUAUUCAUUCUUAUUACAUUUGUGCUUCGAUCUGUUCUACCGAUGAAGGUAUUUUCUUACUGCUAAAUGUCGGUAUUGUAUUUGCUAUAGCACUGAUAUUCCAUGUGAAAGUUAUAACUCAUGCUACUAGAUUAAGCAGGUUGAACAGUACAUCAAAGUAACCAUGGUUUUCUCUGUUUUACUAUUGGUAUUUCAUAUAGUAUCUUCUUCAAUUAGUAAAUAACAAAUAUAUUAUUAUUGACAUGUACAGUCGACAGUUGGCAGGUGAAUUGGAGGCAUAAAGAAUAAAACUGGCCAUUUUUCGGAAGGCACACGGGCGUAAUGAUAUUGUCGUAGACACUUAUUUUCAUUUACAAAAAGUGGUUAAAUAUCUCAUAUCGGAUUAACAUGUCAAGUGAAAUGCGUGUAGAUAGAAAAUUUGUACUGCUGGUGGUACAGGUGUUAGCAUAUAUAUGUGAUAUAUUAGCUCUCGUGAAAAAAUAAUGAAGGUUAGACAGGGGUCACACCUCUGUGGCAGUAUGUAACACGGUAAGAUGUAAAGAACGGGUUUUCGAGGACAAUUGUGAAUGAUUAACUUGAACUGCAUGUUAAUACACCGUCUGUUGUUAAUAUAUACGUGCGUAUGUAUAGACACAAUUCAUUCACGCAUAGCAGAACGUGGUGAUCUCUGAUCUGUAAAUAUUAUAUCCGAAUCGUAAUAUGGCAUCUUGAACAACUUGUUAAUAAUGGUCCUGUGGUUUUUAUAUUUGGUUUGCAGCUUUUGUAAGCAGCUUGAGCAUUUUCCUGAUUUCAUACUCUGUAAAUCUAUUUAUGUUUUCUCUCGAGGAUCAUACUCGCUAUACUGCUCUCAGGUUGGACUUUUGCAAUAGACAUUUUCUCAAACAUAAACAGCACACG